CUCUAAAGAAAAAAGCGCCAGUGUCAGCGAAGGUUAUACAGAAGCAGGAUCUACCCGACGAAGAUGAAAAUGACAUCUAAAGUAUUAUUUCUUCUCUUUUUCUUGACUUUCCUCCAGUCGCAUCGUUGCCAUCCGUUACCAGCUCCAGAAGAUGGUAUAGAGAAUGGACACGGUUUUGAUGUUGUGGAGGUGCAAACGGUAGAACUCGCGGUUAAUGCACUCAACGAGGAGUUAAAUAGAGCCCCCUCUGACGGUAUCGAUGAAGAAGAGCCUGGUAGUGAAGAUACAGGGGAAGAAAGUGAAGAAGAAAAUGAAGUGGAUAGUGAGGACAGCAACAAGGAAGAGACCGUCGACGACGAUGGAGUGGACAGUGAAAAUGGAACUGAGGACGGUGGCAUUGAAAGUAACGAUGAAGAUGGCGAGGAAGGCGGAGAUGACAAUGUGAAAGACGAAGGUGGUGAUGACGGUGGUGAGGAAAGUGAAGAUGAUGAUGGAGAUAGUGCAGCAGAUGAUGAUGAAGACAGCGUGGAAGAUGAAGAUGAAGACAGCGUGGAAGAUGAAGACAGCAAAGAUGACGAUGGUAAGGACAGUGAAGAUGAAAGUGGAGAUGAAAGCGCAGAUGAUGACGCAGACGGAAGUGAGGAGGGCGAAGAAGACAGCGGAGAUGACGAUGGUGAGGAAAAUGAAGAUGACGAAGAAGACAAUGGAGAUAGCGGAGGUGAAGAAAGUGCAGAUGAUGACGGAGGAGACAGUGCAGAUGACGAAGAAGGAGAGAGUGGAGAUGAUGAAGACGAAAGUAGCGGUGACAGCGAUGACGGCGGUGAGGACAGUAGUGACGAAAAAGAAGAAGAAAGUGGUGAUGAUGAUGGUGAAGAUAGUGGUGACGACGAAGAAGAAGAAAGUGGUGAUGAUGAUGGUGAAGAUAGUGGUGACGACGAAGGAGAGGAGAGUGGUGAUGAAGAUGGUGAAUACAGUGGUGAUGACGAAGAAGAGGAGAGUGGUGAUGACGAUGGUUUGGACAGUGGUGACGACAGUGACGAAGACAGUGGAGAUGACGAUGGAGGAGAAAGCGGAGACGAUGAUGAUGAUGAAGACAGUGGAGAUGACAAUGAUGAAGAGUUUGGAGAUGAGGAUGGCGAAGACAGUGGAGAUGAGGAUGGCGAAGACAGUGGAGAUGAGAGUAGCGAUGACGAUGGUGAGGAUAGUGGAGAUGACGACGCUGAGGAAAGUGGUGAUGAUGAUGGAGAAGAUAGUGGAGAUGACGAUGGUGAAGAAAGUGGAGAUGACGAUGGCGAAGACGGUGAAGAUGACGGUGGUGAGGACAGUGGAGAUGACGACUCUGAGGGCAGUGAAGAUGAUGGCGAUGAGGAGAGUGGUGAUGACAAUGGUGAGGACAGUGCUGAUGACGACGGAGAAGAAAGUGGAGAUGACAAUGGUGAAGAAAGUGGAGAUGAUGACGUUGAGGAAAGUGGAGAUGAUGUUGGAGAAGACAGUGGCGAUGAUAAUGGAAAAGAAAGCGGAGAUGACUACGUGGAAGACAGCGAAGAUGACGAGGGAGAGGACAGUGGAGAUGACGACGCUGAAGAAAGUGGUGAUGACGAUUUUAAAGACAGUGGAGAUGACAGUGGCGAAGAGAGUGGAGAUGACGAUUUUGAAGAUAGCGGAGAAGAUGAUGUUGAAGACAGUGGAGAUGAUGCCGGAGAAAAAAGUGGAGAUGACAGUGGAGAUGAAAGCGGUGAGGAUAGCGGAGAUGACAGGGAAGAAGAAAGUGGAGAAGAAAGUGGAGAUGACAGUGGAGAUGAAAGCGGUGAGGAUAGCGGAGAUGACAGUGGAGAUGACGGAGGAGAUAACAGUGGAGAUGAUAGUGGAGAUGACAGUGGAGAUGAAAGCGGCGAGGAUAGCGGAGAUGACAGUGGAGAUGACAGGGAAGAAGAAAGUGGAGCAGAAAGUGGAGAUGACAGUGGAGAUGAAAGCGGUGAGGAUAGCGGAGAUGACAUUGGAGAUGACGGGGAAGAAGAAAGUGGAGAAGAAAGUGGAGAUGAUAGUGGAGAUGAAAGCGGUGAGGAUAGCGGAGAUGACAGUGGAGAUGACGGGGAAGAAGAAAGUGGAGAAGAAAGUGGAGAUGAUAGUGGAGAUGAAAGCGGUGAGGAUAGCGGAGAUGACAGUGGAGAUGACGGGAAAGAAGAAAGUGGAGAUGAUAGUGGAGAUGAAAGCGGUGAGGAUAGCGGAGAUGACAGUGGAGAUGACGGGGAAGAAGAAAGUGGAGAAGAAAGUGGAGAUAACAGUGGAGAUGAUAGUGGAGAUGACAGUGGAGAUGAAAGCGGCGAGAGCAGCGGAGAUGACAGUGGAGAUGACAGGGAAGAAGAAAGUGGAGAAGAAAGUGGAGAUGAUAGAGGAGAUGAAAGCGGCGAGGAUAGCGGAGAUUUCAGCGGAGAUGACAGUGGAGAUGAAAGCGGAGAUGAAGAUGGAGAUGAAGAUGGUGAUGAAGAUGGAGAUGAAAGUGGAGAUGGCAGUGUGGAGGACAACACAGAUGAAAAUGGCGGUGAUGAUGGUGAUGAGGAUGACGGUGAAAAUGACAGUGAUAAAGACGAAGGGGGCAAUAAUGACAAAGAUAACGAUAACGAUGACGAAGGUGAUGACAAUGAAAAAGAAGAAGAAGAGGAUGGUAACGACAAGGAGGGUGACGACGACAAAGGCGACGAAGAUAACGACACUGAUGGCAGCGAUGGUGAUGAAGAUGACGAUAAUAAUGGAAGCGAUGAUAACGGAAGCGACAAUGAUAACGACAAUGGCGAUGAUAAUGACGAUAAAAGAGAAGAAGGAAAUGGUGACGACGAGGAGGGUGAUAACGACAAAGGCGACGAAGAUAACGACAGCGAUGGCACGGAUGGCAAUGAAGGCGAUGAUAACGGUGGAGACAAAGGUGGUGAGGAUGAUGGGGGCAAUGGCAAUGACGACAGCAAUGAUGACGAUGAUAAUGACGAUAAUGGCGACGAUAACGAGAGUGACAAGGAUGAUGAUAAAGAAGACGGAGAUACAGAUGGCACUGACGACGAUGAUGGUGAAGAAAACGAAGAUGAUAACGAAGUAGACGAAGAUAAGGAUAGUAAUGACGACGAUGACGAGGACAAUAACGAUGACGAAGGUAGUGACAAUGGCGACGGCGAUGACGAUGGCGACGGCGACGACAAUGGCGAUGACGAUGGCGAUGACGAUGGCGACGACAAUGGCGAUGACGAUGGCGAUGGCGAUGACGAUGGCGAUAACGAUGGCAAUGACGAUGGCGAUAACGAUGGCGAUGACGAUGGCGAUAACGAUGGCGAUGGCGAUGACGAUGGCGAUAACGAUGGCAAUGACGAUAACGGCGACGAUGACGAUAACGGCGACGAUGACGAUAACGGCGACGAUGACGAUGACGAUGACGACGACGAUGGCGAUAACGAUGGCGAUGACGAUAACGCUUUAGAUUAA